UACUACCUAGAUAAGAAAGUAGGAAAUCUUUAGAGACCAUAUUCUUCACAGUUCUUUGCGACCUCAAAGAUAAUGGCAACACAAUUUCUGCAGGAGAUGGACAAUUUAAAUAUAAGUGACCCCAAAGAAAUGAUGAGUUUAGCUAUAAAGUGGGUACAGAAGACAUUUCCAAAUGUGGAAUCAGUUACCACAGGGACAUUGCAAUGCUGGAUGGAAGAGAAGCCAGAGGAAUUAAUCAUUCUCGACACCCGGAGUGCAGCUGAAUUUGAAGUCAGCCAUCUGCCAGGGGCAAUACUUAUUGACCCGCAGAGUGAUACACUGCAAGAAUUUCUGCAGAAACGGCUCCUUCCAGGUACAGAAAAGAUCUCAGUAGAACUCGUUCUUUGUUGUUGCAAACAACUUUCAAGCUGCUCUAAGAGAGUAAAAAUAAAAAUAUCAUUUGCUAUUGCACUGUGGGAUACAGGUCUUCCAUGACUGCCCAGAGCAUGAAUGAGUUCUUGUCAAGUGAAGCCGGCCAAACCCCCCAAACUUCCCUGAAGGUUUAUAAUGCAGAAGGAGGACUGGUGAAAUGGGCCAGUGAAAGAAGGCUGAUGGUGGACAAGCAGGAGCAGCCCAUUCACGUCGUUCACCCCUACAGUGCAGCAUGGGCACAACUACUGGAACCAGAGCUGCAAGCACAGAUCUAAAGCAUUUCUGCAAGUCUGAUCUGAACUGGGGCCUCUAGGUGAAAUACAAAUUAAGAAUAAGAAUAAGAAUUAAUGGAGGCCCCAACCUCAACUGUGUCUUGUAGGCAUAACCAUAAUGCUACUAAUAAUAGAGGAUUCUAUAUG